CCUUGUCUUCUUCCUCCAUCCUCCAAAUAACCAUCACGGCGGAUGCUGGUCCACGGUGGUCCUCAAGAAGCGCCGCAGCUGCCUGUGGAUGGAGUCCAGUGCGGACACUGUGCAGCGUGAAAUCAGGGUCAUCCACUUCACCGCGUUCACCAUCCACUGCACCGUGCGACCCACAAACUCCACAGACACGGUGGCGUAGUGGGCGAACAACGCCAGGCUCCUCCCCAGCUGCCUGCAGUUGCUAACGAUCAAGUCGACUCUCGGGUCCUGUCUAGACAUUGUUGAAUUAUCUCUGUCCUGCAUGGGGGGGACAAUUUAUUAUUUUAUAUGUGUGACUCAUCUUUGCGUUUUUAAUUGACGAUCCCCUGCGUGGAGCGAACGCAAUAUGUGGCGUGUGGUACUUUGCAAACAGUCCCUUACCGUUCUCGUCCAAUCAGCGCGGAGGAAGUUUUGUUUCCGGGAGAGUUUGGUGAUGUGGCUCUGCUGCCUGGAAAUCCAUCCGAUGAAAUAUUAGCGGAUAAAGCACAAACAUCCACCAAGAAGCACUCUUACAGUGCCGUCCUCAUGCUGAGCCGCCUGGCCACGGUCCUCCAGGAGCUCUCCGGAGAGGAGGGCCAAGAUGGACACUCGCAACAGGACGAGCUCACGCCUCAGCCUCCCGCCGACGGGGGCCAAGCACCUGCGGAAUCCGAGGCGCCCGAGGAUGCGACGGAGCGCCUGGCCCACCUGGAGCAGCUGGUGGUGCAGCUGAAGGAGCUCAUCCGGGACAAGGACACGCAGCUGGCGGGCAAGGAUGCUCUGCUGAAGAACGAAAGGGAGGCGGGGGAGGCUCGCUUUAAUAAACUCAAACUGCAGGCCAAAGCCAAGAUGGUUGCACUCAAUAAACAGAUCGCUGACCUGAAGGGACCAGAAGGAGCAAUAAGCCCCGACAUCUCUUUCUCCAGAGACGUGGCCGCAGACGGCGACGUGCACGAGCUCCAAAGCAAGCUGAGCGAGGAGAUGGCAAACAGCAACCAGCUGCUAGGACGACUCGAAGCCGCCGAGAAGCUCCUGGUGGAGAAGGAAGCCGCUCACGCCGAGCAGAUCAAGCUCCUGCAGGCUGUCGUGUGCGAGAAGGACGUGCGUUUCCAGGAGCAGAUUCAGAAGCAUGAAGAAGAGCUGCUGGCGGCCACGACGCAGUCGCCCAAGGACGGGGAGAUCCAGCAGGCUCUUCAUGUAGCACAGCGGCGUUGUGAGGAGCUCGAGGAGGCCUUGAAAUCACGCUCCCAAGUGCUGGAAAUGCUGCAGCAGGAAGUCAGCAGUGCGGAUCAGCAAAAACAGAUCCUGACGACCCAGUUCCGGCAAAUGGAUGCGGAACUGACCGAAGCCGUCAAGCUGAGGGAGGAACUGGCCCGACGGUCCAGCGAAGCGGAAGCGGCCCUCCAGGAGGCCCGGCUAGAGAUGUCCCAGGCUGAAGCACGGCAUGCGAGCGAGCUGACUUCCGUGAGAGACGCGUUUAAUACGAGCCUGGAGAAGGAGAAGGCGGAGGUUGCCAAGUUGACGAAAGAGGCCAUCCAAGCGUGCCAGGAAACCUCCGAGAGACACAAGUUAGAAAUAGCUCGCCUUGAAGGAGAGCUUAGGUCUUCAAGAGCGGCUGAGUCACAAGAGACCAAAUCCCAAGUGGACAAGCUGGAGCGGGCGCUGGCUUCUCUUCAAGAGGAGCAGGAAGACUCCCAGAAGAAGAGUGAGAUCUUGGCCGAGGUUUGGCAGCGCUUGCAACCGCUCGCCUUUCAAGAAGUGCGACCAUUGGAGAAGCUUGCAGAUCUUUCCGAGGUCUUGGACACGCUCCUGUUGAUUGAGGCGCACGUCACCAGGCUGGACGAGGAACGCUCUGACGGCGAGCGACGUUGUGCUGAGCUCACAAGCACCAUGGAGGCUCUUCAGGAACAACUGGACAGGAUCACCGCUGAGAACGGGGAAGCCGAGACUCAGCAGCUGGAGAGGCCACAUGACCCGCCUCCUGAGAUGGUUUCACAGCAGAUAGAAGCUGAGGUUUCCUCUGAAGCUGAGAAAGCCACCAUCUGGGACCUGGAGCAACACGAAUCACAGCAAGUGCCUCAAGAAGGUUCCACAAGUGACGUCACGACAGCUGAAAACAUCCACGAGAGCAAAGAUGGUGACAACGAAAACAACGCCGCAACACCUCUCGACUCCCUGGAGGACACCCAAGAAGACGAGACCACCCUGGUCGCGGAGGACAUGUCAGUCCUCUCCAUUUCUGCCGGCAAUGAGAGCAGCCCAGAACUUAUCGAACAUCAUGACUCCCCUGAAGAAUCCAAAGGGACUUCCUCUGAUGAGAUGGUCACCAGCAACAGCAGCUGGACUCUUCUAGAAGCUGUCAACCAGGAUGGACGCCAGGAGUGGCCGUCCAUCAUGCAGGACUUUGGCCACAUGCAGUCAUGGGAGACCACGAGCAUGGAGCAGGAAACCUCCACAACUUUGGUCACGUCCUCUUCCGUGAUGAUCCGACAAACGGUUGAGGUUCACGAGACUACGCAGGGUGCUUCUACACUAGAUGGUUCUUCUUCUUCUUCUUCUUCAGGCCUUACCGACGAGCUCCAAAUGAGGUACGGUGAACUUUUAGCUGAAGUGCAAACCCUCCGGGAGGCGGCAUCAUGGUCCCAGGAGAAAAUGAAGAAUCUAGAAGAAGAAACGCAACGUCUCACUGCUGCUAAGGAGCAUUCGGAGUCUCAGGCAAGCGACUUUGCAGAGCAGCUCAAGUGUGCCAGAGAAGAACUUCUAGAUGUUACCCAGCAAAGCAGCUCAGCAGCAGAGAAGCACAUCGCUGAAAUCGACCUUCUGGAAGAACAAAUUAACAUUCUGAACAUCGACGGUAGCGCCAAGGAGCAGAAGAUCCAGGAACUACAAGCAGACCUGGAGGUGGCUCGCCGAGCCCUUUCUGAGCAGGAGAACCAGGCCAGCGUGCUCGGCUCACAGCUGGAGGACAAGGAGCUCCUAUGUUCGGAGCUGGGGAGGAAGCUCGAAGAUAUGGAGAGCAGCAUGUUGGAGAAGUCUCAGAUAUCGGCGAUUGACAGCGACACUUUAUCGAAGAAGGACUCUGAGAUUUACGAGCUGCGGCUUCGCCUCAGCGAGAAGGAGCAGCAGAUGACCGAGCUCAGCGACAGCAUGUCGGCAAAACUUCACCACGCAGAAGAAGAGCGAGUCUUAGUCGACGGUGAAGUCAGUAAACUGAAGGAGCAGCUCGUAGAACUUGAGAAGACCGCGGACGAGGAACCAGCCGCUCUACGUCAGGCCAAAGAGGAGAUGGAAACUCAGCUGGCCAUCACGAGAAAGAAGUUGCAGGUUGCUCUCGUGCAACGUAAAGAACUCCUGAAGAAGGUCGCUGACCUGGAGAUGGAGGUGAAGAACCCAAAAGAAGACGCAUCUGAAACUGCUGCAAACGUUCCAGAAGUGGAACCAGAAGUCCAGAAGUCUUCACUGGAGGACAUGGACGCCAAACUGUUGGAGCUGGAGCAAGCAGUGAUCUCCAAAGACGAAGUCAUCGAGAACCUGGAGAGCACCAUCAGCCAGCAGAGACAACUUCUUGCUGAAACCGAAAGCCCUGGCGAGUCCGACACGCCGUCUGACACCAGCUUGUUGCGAUCCCAAGUGGCCUCUCUGGAGGCGGAGUGUGAAACACUGCAGAAGAAAGUCCAGGAGGCCCAAGAGUCUCGUAAGGAGAGCAUCCGCAAAGCCAAGGAGAAAGACCGACACCAUCGGAAUCAGCUGAAGCAGCACAAGGACGAAUACGGUGAUCUCAUGGAACGUUUCGAGGUGCAGAGUAGCGAGUAUGAGGUUCUUCUCGUGAAGCUGAGGGAAUUAGAAGAUAAGAUGAAUCCUCAGAAGGAGGAGCUGCCACCUCUGCAGAGCAAGGACCCGGUUCCUCACUUAGAGAAGGCCGCAUCUUCUGACUGGGCCCAAGAGGACUGGGUGGAUUUUGCAGGAUCUGAGACGGACUCGGUGCAGCCUCCAUCUGGUGGUCAGCAGCACCAACCGUCUGAGCAGUGCAAGAUCUCGUCCCCUCAAAAGGAGGAAACCAUGAAAGCUCUUGGAGAUGAGAUCUCAAGUGUGCAAAUGGAGAACUUGAAGCUGGUGAAUAAGCUUCAGGAAGUGGAGACUGCUUUGUCCCAGAAGGAGACGGACCUCCAGGAGGUUAGCAAGGAGCUCACGGCCCUGCGUGAAAACGAAAGACAGCUUGAGGUCCUCUCAGCAGAAAUGAAGGACCUCAGAGAGAAGUACCAGCAAGCCGAGUUCUACGCUGAGGCCUUGAAAGCGGAAAUGGGAGCUGCUGCCGCUGCAGCUUCCUCCCGGUCCUCCAACUCCAUUGCAGAACUUCAAGCGGAAGUUGAAGACUUUAAGAAAUUCCUGGACGACAAGAACACGGAGAUCACGGCGCUCAGCCAGCAGCUUUGUGAGCAGAACGUUCUCCUCCGUUCAGUGCAGGACACCGUGGAGCACAAAGAUGGUCUUAUAGCCUCCUUGGAAGAGGAGCUGAAAGCCGAACAGGAGAAAAGCAAGAAGGUGGACCUUGAGGAGGACAAGGACAACGAAGCCAAGACGCAACAGCUUCAGCGGAAACUUCAGGCGGCGUUGAUUUCUCGCAAGGAGGUGCUCAAGGAGAACAAAAGUCAGAAGGAGCAGCUCGCCUCAAGUGAAAGCCUCCUCGCGGAGCUGCAGCAGAAGAUGCAGAUGGCGGACGAUGAGCUGGAGAAGCUCCGAACGGAACGCGCAAAGCUGAUUGAUGAGGUUGACCGCAUGUUGCUGGAAAACCAAAGCUUGGGCUCCUCCUGCGAGAGCCUCAAGCUGGCCAUGGAGGCCAUAGCCAGCGAGAAGGACGCAUGUCAAAGAGAAGGCGAGUUGGCCAAAGAGGAGGCGUCCAGGAUGUGCGGCGAAUGGGAGGAGAAGGUCCGCGGCAUGAAGGAAGAGUACGAAAGCUUACUCCGCUCCUACGAGAACGUGAGCGACGAGGCGGAGCGUGUGAGGCGAGUCCUGGAGGCCGCCAGGCAGGAGAGGAAGGAGCUGGCGGCCAAGGUGAGGUCCAACGAGGCCGCCAAACAGGAAGCGGAAAGGCAGGCAGAGGAGGCUCAGAAGGAGGUGGAGUCGGUGAAAGACAAAAUGAGGAAGUUCAUCAAAGCGAAGCAGCAGAAGAUCCUGGAGCUGGAGGAGGAGACCGAAAGGCUUCGAGAGGGGCAGGAAAGCAGAGGAGCAAAACCAGACGAUGAACCUCAACCUGAAGAUGUUCCAGGACUUCAAGUUGAGCUGCAGAUGAUGAGAGCUGAGUUGGACGCCAGAACGUCGGAGAGAGACGCCUUAAGACAAGAGAUUGAAGACCUGAAGACACAACUUGACCAAAUGGAGAGAAAAAACGCUGACAAAGUUCUUGAGGAGGUUCAGCACCCAGACACCGAAAUCAUAGAAGCCAAAGAAACCAGAACCCUCGGCGAGAAUCCAGAUGACCUCAUAAAUUCCAAGUCAUCAGGAGAACAAGAGCUUCUAUUAGAGACCAAAGUUGGAGAGCUGGAGGCAACUCUUCAUUCGGAGAGGGAACUCUGGCAAAAACGAGAAACCGAACUCAAGGCUGCACUGGCCUCCCUUGAGAAACAUCUCCAGGAGAGCAAGGAGAAGUCGGACCUUACGGCCUCCCUGGAAAGAUGUCUGCACGAGAGCAAGGAGAGAGAAAACCAUCUGAUGGAGGAGGGCUCCAAGCGAGAAGAACAGUUCAAGGAGCUCCUCAGAAGCCUCGAAAGCGAGAAGGACAACCUGGAGGAACGUUUGAUGAACCAGUUGGCCCAACUCAACGGGAGCAUCGCAGGCUACCAACAGGAGGCGGCCAGCAACCGGGAGCUCCUCGCUCAACUUGAGAUGGAGCGCGGCGACCUCGAAGCCGAGGUCGGAGCCCAGACGGAUCGAGCGUCCCGCCUGGAGGAGGACUUGAGGCAAGCCCAGAGGCAGAGAGCCGAGACUGAAGCCGAAACCGGGAAGCAGAGGGAGCUGGAACAGCAGCUGAGGUCCGCUCAGAGAAUCAAAGAAGGCAGCCAGAGCCGAGCCCGUCAGCUGGAGGAACUCCUGAGGGAGAAGCAGAUGGAGGUCCGCCAGCUCCAGAAGGACUCCAUCCAGUACCAAGAAAGGAUCAGCGAGCUGGGAAAGGAGGCCAAGGCGCUGCAGCUGGGCCACGGUGAGCUCAGCAAAAACCUCCAACAUUCCCAAGAUGAGACUUCCAAAACCAAGGAAGACCUCAGGAGAUUAGAAGCAGAGUUGACGAGCUGUAAAUCCGACCUGGGUGAAGCCAAGGAACAUCUCAACGUGGUCAUGGCUGACAAAGCCACUUUGGAACAGAGUCUCCAACAGAAAGAAGCUCUGUUGAAAGCCGACGCGGAGCAGACCCUGGACUCUGUGAGAUUCCGGCUCGGUGCCGAGCUGAAGGAGAUGGAGCUCAGACUGGAGGAGGCGUACAGCGACAGAGAGAAGGAGGAAGAAGCCACGUUGGAGGCCAGGGAGACGGCAAAGGCGGCUGAGCGGAGGACCCAGGAGAUGCAGGCCCGCCUGGACGAGUCCCUGGCGAGGCUGGCCGCCUUCUCGCGCUGCAUGUCGUCGCUGCAGGACGACCGGGACCGGGUUCUGGAUGAGACCCGGCAGUGGGAGACUCGCUUUAACGAUGCUCUGCACGGAAAGGAGGCUGAGGUUCGGGAAGCUGAAAGCAGAGCCAAGGAGCUGAUGGAGAACCUCCAGAAAGAAUCUUCUCUAAAGCAAGAACUUCAGCUCUCGGUGGACAGAUUACAGAAAGCAGACCAGGAAUUGCGGCUGAAUCUGGAAGAAGCGGAGAAGAAGCUAAACGAGAGCCGAGCGGAAGCGGAAAAGCAGCGUGCCGAGCAUCUCCAAACGACGGCUGAGCUGCAGGCCGUGCAAAGCGAAGCCCAGCUCCUGAAGAACGAGGUGGAGAGCCAUAACUCGAGGGCUCGCGCUCUGGAGGAGGCCGUGGCUCGGCUCCAGGAGGAAGUGGGCCGAGCCAGGGCGGAGCUGAGGGAGCGGGAGACGGACGAGAGGCGUCUGUGUUUCACCUUGGAGCAACUAGAAGCUGACCUCCACGCCUCCAAGACCCUGACGGAGCGUCUGCAAGCUGAGUUGCAUGAGAAGGAGAAGAAGGAAGUGGAGAUGCUGGAUGAGAAGGAGCAAGCUGUUGUACAGGCCGCGGAGGAGGCACGAAAGGAGGCAGACGCCAGGGCACGGGAAGCUGAGGAGGAGCUGGAGCAGAAACGAGGAGAACUGCGAGAUGCCGAGGAAGAAUUACGAAGGUCCAAGGAGGAGAUCAACACCUGCAGUGCCAAGCUGGGCUCCUUCACAAAGGCCAUGGGCUCCUUGCAGGAUGACCGAGACCGAGUCCUCAGCAUGUACAAGCAGCUGGAGGAGAAACAUCUGCAGGUCAUGAUGGACAAGGAUGAUGUGAUCCAGGAGGCUGCACGGGAGAGCAACACCCUCAAGGAGGAGCUGCGCUCUCUUCUGGUCCAGAGAGACGACCUUCACGCCGAAAAGGGCAAACUAUCUGCUCAGCUCCACGGCUACCGUGAUGAACUCCAGCAAGUUCUCAGCUUGAAGGACUCCCAGCACAGGCAGCUCCUCGCGGCGCAGCGAGAGCGCAUUGCAUCCCUGGAAAAGGAGCGCAACGACUUGGAGAGCACGUUGAGGAGCAGUCCCAAGGUGGAAGCUGAGACCCCGUUACAAGCCGCCCAGGCUCCGGGAGCUGAAGUCGAGAAGCUCAGGGAGCAGUUGGAGGCGGCCAGACAGCAAGCACAAGCCCUGGAGGAGAAGCUCCUCGGGGAGCAGCAGGAGCACGAGACAAAGACCAAAGAACUCACCGAGCUGCGCUGGGAAGGAGGCGUGAUGCGCACCGAGUCCGAGAGCGCUCAGGAGAGGGUGGCGGAGCUGGCCCGCGACCUCCUGGCCGUGGAGCAGAAGCUCCUAGAAGAAAAGGAGGCCGCUGAGCAGCUCAGAGCAGAGAACCAGUCGUUCGGCAAAGCCAUGGCAUCGCUUCAGGACAGCAGAGACCAGGCGGAACACAAAGUCCAAGAACUCAGGAUGAAGCUGGAGGAGAUGAGAAAAGCUGGAAGCUCCGCUGGAGAAGUAUGGAGCCUGAAGAAUGCCCUGCAAGCUCUCCAGAAUGACCGCGAGAGACUGCUGGAGCAGCUUCAAGCACAAACAUCAGAGCUGAAGACACACAAGUCCGAGCUGGCUCGUCUGGGAGCAGGAGAGCUGAUCAAAGUCAGCCAGGAGCUCUUUGAGGAGAAGAACAAGAACCAAGCCAUGGUGGGUGCCAUCACGCAGCUGGAGAACAUGGUGCAGGUGGACAAGCAGGAAAUCGAGAUGCUCAGACUGGAGCGUGUGGACUGGAUGGCUCAGGCAGAGCAACUCAAGCAGCAGACGCUCGGCGCGCUCUCGGAACGCGACCAGCAGCUGCGGCAGCUCGCCGCCAUGUUGGAGGAGGCCCGCGCGCACACGCCCAAACUCCAGCAAGAACACGACCAGAGAGAGGCCUCACGGGAAGGAGACAGCGCUCCUGGAGCUCCUCAGGAGAAGAACAGUCGCCAAGCGCUUCACGCGUCUCGCUCCAACAUCUCGGAACUACAGCAGAGGCUGGAGGAGGAGACGCAGCAGAGGCUGGCUGCGGAGGAGCAACUCAUGGAGGCGCAGGAUCGACUCAGGCGGUACAAGGAGGAGAUGAGGAGCCAAGCCAAACAAGGCGACCUCUCCGAGGCGGCCGUUUUCAUCGAGGCGCCCGAAGGAAGAGUCACCCGGACGCGUCGAGGCGGCACCGGCGUGCUCCGGGCGCUGCGAGCGGGCGUGUGCUGGCGUCGCCGCACGCCGCUGCUGCUGAGCAUCUACCUGCUGAGCGUGCACGUGCUGCUGCUGCUGUGCGUGGGCGGCUUCCUGUGACGGACAUGGAGGGGACGGCGCCUCGCCGAACCGAGGAUUCCGCACACAAACAUUGCACUUUACGGGACGGACGCUUGCAUGACACUUGUCACUUUAUUAGGAACGCCCAUCAGAGACUGGAGGGUACCUAAUAAACUGGCAAGUGAGUGUAGAUGAAUGCGGGGCUGCUUUUGUUUUAACAUUUGCCAUAAAGGGACGAGGUUUUUCUGGAAAAUAAUAUCCAGAUAUUCGCCGUGUAUAAUGGUGACAGGUUUGCUUUAGGUCAUGUGAUCACAUGCACAAAAACCCGGUAUGGUGAAAUUCAUUCCUUCAACAUUCCCUCAUGUGAAUCCCGUUAGGAUGAUAUUUAUGCCUAUAAGCUUCUUCCUGGAUACAUAUUCCCCUUAAUAUCCAUCCCAUUGUCAACCAUGCUAGGGUUAAUGUAGUCUAAUUUAUUGUUUUUCUGCUUGAAAUGCACCAUCAAACACUUUCUACAUAUAACCAAUCUAAAGGGCUGCAAAGGAAAACAUGAAAUCAAAAAGUGGUUUCUAGUCGAUAAUUGCUUCUAAUUUUUACUUCAUAAAACGGCAUUUAAAUAAUAAAAGGAUAUUUUUAGUGGGAAAAAAUGUGUGCUUUCCGAUUUUUUUGUUUCACCUCAGACAUGACAAUAAUACUGUAACACUCUACGCUCAUCCAAACACCAGACCAGACGGGUGGAACAACAUCCGGUUUUUUAUUACGGUCAAAAGAACCAAGCUUCCUAACAAGGGCUACAACUCCCUAACAUGCGGGUUCUGUCUCACUUCCUGUCCGUCACCCCUUUUCCUUCCCAACCCCGGAACAUAUCUCUCAAUUGCAACACCUGCGCAAAUACAACACAUAAUACCCCUAAGGGUCAUUAUAGUAUAUUUCCGCAAAGUUUGAUUAAAUAUAAUAUUAAUAUUAUUUUCCUAGUCUGAAUAGACACUUUUACACUAUUAUUGUUUUGAUUUCCAUGUACUAGCUGAAGGCUACGGAAUCCCCGUAACAGCAGCGCAAGCUAGCAAGCUAACUAGUUAGCCUCCAAUGUACCUCUUCUAAACUUAAGCAAGAGUUCCAAAAGAGUGGGGAAGAUGGACAAAAGAAGCCAAAAACAUACAAUUUCCACACGGAAUGAGAGGAAUUCAGCUUUAGCAUGUCGGCUGGGCUCGUUAUGAAAGAUGUGGAAGUCCGUGGUGGGCCACAACGUGAGCAUGAAGGUGGCUGCAGAAGGCGAUGACUGGGAGACGGACCCCGACUUUGAAAAUGAUGUGUCGGAGCAGGAGCAGAGGUGGGGGGCCAAGACUAUUGACGGCUCG